GAGCCCGUCUGUCAAAAAAACAGCGUAGAGAGAGAGGAGAGUGGAGAAAGAAGAGAGAGAUCAGAGAUGAGUGCAUCGGCGUCGUACCUUGCUCGAAGGGCAGCACAGAAGGAAAGAGUGAGGAUCCUCUACAGGAGAGCCCUUAAAGAUACUCUCAGUUGGGCCGUUCAUCGCCAUCUCUUCUAUCAAGAUGCAGAUGUCCUCCGAGAGAAAUUUGAGGUCAACAAGCAUGUGGAAGAUCUUGAGACAAUUGAUAGAAUGAUAUCUGAUGGUGAAGCAACCUACAAUAAAUUUCGACAUCCUGAUCCUUAUACUAUUCCAUGGGCUCCCGGUGGCAGCAAGUUUAAUCGAAACCCAGCACCUCCUAAAGGGAUUGAGAUAGUAUAUAACUUUGGUCGAGAAGAUAACGACUGAAACUAUCAUCCUUUUCCAUGGCAAUAAUAAAGAUUGAGAGACAGUAUCAGCCUGGGGGAGGGAAGAAGAUUCUGGUCCUUCUUGUUUGUGUUAAGUUGAAGACAAUUGUUAGCCUUGAACACUUUUUGAGAUUCUCAGUUGCUGUGUAUUUGGUUUUCUGCUGAGUUUCAUAAUUUGACUCAAUAAUAAAAACCUCUUGCAUGAAUUGCUGCAAAACUGGGUUAAGUCAUACAUUCAUCUUUUUUUGAGAAA